AUGCUUGCUGAAAAAGAACCAGAGCCAAGUAGUUCUACCCUGAAGCAAGGAAGAUGUGGAUGGCUAGGUUACAAACCUGAUUACUUACAAAAAUUUUUAUCCUCGAAAUGGGCUUUGACAUUUUGUUGUCCUGGACCUUUCUUGCAAGGCAUGCUCAUCACAGGCCUGCUCCAUUUCUUCAUUCCUCAUCUGGAGCGCCAGUUCGACUUAACCUCUAUGCAGAGUGGUCUGAUAUCCAGCGCCUACGAUAUGGCAGCAACCGUCUGCUUGAUACCAUUGGCAACAAUCGGAGGACGUAGCGGUUCCAACAGACCCAGGUAUAUUGGUACUGGAUUGAUCAUCGUCGGUACAGGCGCGCUUAUAUUUUCAUCGCCGGCUUUCUUUGUUGGGCCUUACAACAACGUACUCCUCCAUGAUCUUUGUAUUGAAGACCAGGAAGUGAAAAAUGAGCAUCCCCCAGCGCAAAAUAUAGGAUGGAUACUCUUCUUGGGCAACUUAUUACAAGGAGCAGGAUCCACACCAAUCUACAGCAUUGCCGUGACGUACAUAGAUGACUGCUUUCCCCUCCAUUCAUCGUCAUUUUAUAUGGGUAUUUACUACACAAUGGCUGUCCUAGGGCCGCUUGUUGGAAUCGGAAUAGCAGGUGGUCUGUCUCUUGUCAGCGUCAACUUCCUCAAGAGCUCGUUUCCCGUAUUGUAUAACUUACAGAAAGGAGGACCUUGA